CUUUCAUGAAUUGGGACCCAAUAAAUUGAAAUGUCAAAAGGAAGGGACAAAAGAGAGGAGGCUACCAUAUCUUCAUUUUCUUCCACCAUUAUUACUUCUUUCACUCCAUAGCUGCAUACAUCUCCAUGUUCCUCAUCAAGAGAACCUCUUAUUCCUCCCUAACAUAGUGCAUUUAAUGCACAUUUAUUCCCCUUGUUACUACAAAUACUUGAGCAACCAUCACUACUUUUUCAUUAUCCUAGCUACAACAAUAUACUACCAUUUUGACCAAAAUUUCUUGAUAGCUAGCUACCAUGUCAUCUAUAAUCACAUAUCUCCUUCUUCUUAUCUUUCUUUUUAUUUCCUUGCAUGCAUGUAAUGCUCGCCAUCUUAGCACUCUUGAUAAGAAGAAGAUGGAGAAGAAACCUCACUUCUCCUUCAAGAAUAAUAGUGGUGAUGAUGAGAAAAAAGUAUUAGGUUCCAAUCCAAAGCAAGUUAAUGAAGAAGGUGGUAAUGACAAUAAGAAGGUGAAGACUAAUCGGUUGGUUUCUUCUGAUUCUGAUGAGAACCCUAAUAAUAGAAACCGAAGAAGAAGCACUAAAAACCAAAGGGUGCUCAAAGCAAAGGGAAAAGGUGCCACUAAAACUACUAAUUCUCUUGUAUCAUCAUCAUCAAUUUCAUGGCGUGUUCCUCACAAGAAACCUAGUGAGAAAAAUAAUCCAGGGUUUAACUUGGACUAUUCACCACCCAAGACACAUCCUCCUUCUCACAACUAAUUAUUAUAUAUAUAUAAUUAAUGUAAUAUAUAUGAAGUAAUUAUGUAUCAUCAUCUAUCAUGCAUCCCUUAUGUGAAGUCCUAAUGAAUAUUAUUGUAAAGAAAAGAAAAUCAAAGAAGAUCAUCAUAGGGAUCAUUCUCAUCAUUCUGGGGUGCAUGAUAUAUAUAAUAUAUAUGUGCUUAGUUUUUAUAUA